AUGCCAGUUUAUCAUAUCGUCCUCUUCCGCCUCAAGCCCGGCGUCACCCCCGCUCAGAUCGCCACUUGGAAAGAGACAUGUCAGGGAAUGGUUGGGAAGAUUCCUGGACUGCUGUCGCUGCAGAGCGGUGCUCCGCUGCCGAUUUCGAUUCCACGUGCCCAGGGCUUCGAUAUGGGACUGGUUGCUGUUUUGGAGAUGGCUGAGCAUAUCGCUACCUACGCCGUGCACCCUGCUCAUUUAGAGGUUCAUAAAAUGCGGGAAGAGCUGUGCGAUGAUACGUUGGCCUAUGAUCUAGAGUUCUAG